UGCAGAGAAACCGGCGGCGCGCUGAGGAUGCAGAAGUCACCGGUGGAAGACGCCAACUUCCUCUCCAAAUACUUCUUCUGCUGGACCGCGCCGCUGCUCAGGAAGGGCUUCCAGAAGAAGUUGGAGCUGACGGACGUGUACAAGGCGCCGUCCUUCGACCUGGCGGACAACCUCUCGGAGAGACUGGAGAGAGAAUGGGACAGAGAGGUGGUGUCGGCCAAGAACAAGCCCCGGCUGAUGAGGGCGCUGGCUCGGUGCUUCUUCGGCCCCUUCGCCUUCUUCGGUUUCCUCCUCUACCUCGGGGAGGUGUCCAAGGCGGUGCAGCCUCAGCUCCUCGGCCGCAUCAUCGCCUCCUUCGACCCGUUCCACGCCCCGGAGCGCAGCCAGGGCUACUUCCUGGCCCUGGGCCUCUGCCUCCUCUUCACCGCCCGCUUCCUGCUGCUGCAGCCCGCCAUCUUCGGCCUGCACCACCUGGGCAUGCAGAUCCGCAUCGCCCUGUUCAGCCUCAUAUACAAGAAGACCCUGAAGCUGUCCAGCCGAGUCCUGGAUAAGAUCAGCACCGGUCAGCUGGUCAGUUUGAUGUCGGCGCAUCUCAACAAGCUGGAUGAGAGUCUGGGUCUGGCCCACUUCAUCUGGAUCACCCCCCUGCAGUGCAUCCUGUGCGUGGGUCUGAUCUGGGAGCUGAUCGAGGUCAACGGCUUCUGCGCCCUGGCCUCCCUCAUGCUGCUCGGCAUCAUCCAGGCCUGGCUGUCGCAGAAGAUGGGCCCUCACCGCGCGGUGCGAGGAGAGAUGAUCAGCCGCCGUCUGGCGCUCACCUCGGAGAUCAUGGAGAACAUCCACUCGGUGAAGGCGUACGGCUGGGAGGACGUGAUGGAGUCCAUCAUCAAGAACAUCAGGCAGGACGAGAUGACGCUGACGAGGAAGAUCGGCUCUCUGCGUUACUUCUACAGCGCCUCCUACUUCUUCUCCGCCAUCUUGGUGAUCGUGUCCGCCAUCGUGCCGCACGCGCUCAGCAAGGGCAUCAUCCUGCGCCGCAUCUUCACCACCGCCUCCUACUGCAUGGUGCUGCGCAUGACGCUGACCCGCCAGCUGCCGGGCUCCAUCCAGAUGUGGUACGACACGCUGGCGCUGGUCAAGAAGAUCGAGGAGUUCUUGAUGAAGGAGGAGUACAGAGUCCUGGAGUACAACCUGACCACCACCGACCUGGAGCUGGUCAACGUCUCCGCCUCCUGGGACGAGGGCAUCGGCGAGCUGUUCGAGAAGAUCAAGCAGGAGAACAAGGCGGGCGGCGACCUCUUCUUCACCAACCUCUACGUCACGCCGGUGCUGAGGAACAUCAGCCUGCAGCUGGGGAGGGGAGAGAUGCUGGCGGUGGCCGGCUCCACCGGCUCGGGGAAGAGCUCGCUGCUCAUGAUGAUCCUGGGGGAGCUGGUUCCCUCGGAGGGGACGGUCCGGCACAGCGGGCGCGUCUCCUUCUCGCCGCAGACGUCGUGGAUCAUGCCCGGAACGAUCCGCGACAACAUCCUGUUCGGACUCACGUACGACGAGUUCCGCUACACCUCCGUCAUCAAGGCCUGCCAGCUGGAGGAGGACUUCGACCUGCUGCCCGAGAAAGACAAGACGCAUCUCCUGGAAGGAGGGGUGACCCUCAGCGGGGGUCAAAGGGCACGCCUCGGCCUGGCCAGGGCUGUGUAUAAAGAUGCGGACCUCUACCUGCUGGAUGCACCUUUCACCCACCUGGACAUCGUGACGGAGAAAGAGAUCUUUGAGAAAUGCGUGUGCAAGCUCAUGGCGUCCAAGGCGCGCAUCGUGGUCACCAGCAAGCUGGAGCACCUGAAGCGGGCGGACCGGAUCCUGCUGCUGCACAACGGCGAAUGCUUCUUCUACGGAACCUUCUCGGAGCUGCAGGCCAAGCGGCCCGACUUCAGCUCCCUGCUCCUCGGCAUGGAGGCCUACGACAACGUCAACGCGGAGCGCCGCAGCUCCAUCCUCACCGAGACGCUCCGCCGGGUCUCCGUCGACGAGACCGCCGGCGGCUUCCGGGGCCCGGAGACGCUCCGCCGGUCCUUCCGGCAGCCGCCGGCGCCUCCGAUGAUAUCCGGAUCCCAGGCGCACCCCGGGGGCGACGGCUACCCGGAGAAACGCAAACAGUCCCUCAUCCUCAGUCCGCUGGCGGCGGCGCGCAAGUUCUCCUUCAUCGGGAACUCCCAGCCGGCCUCGAACGCCCCGCAGUCCACGGCGAUGGAGGACGGGGCGCGGGAGCUCUCCGAGCGGAGGUUCUCGGUGGUGCCCGAGGACGACCAGGUGGAGGAGGUGCUCCCCAGGGGGAACCUGUACCACCACGGGCUGCAGCACCUCACCGGGCAGCGCCGCCAGUCCGUCCUGGCGUUCAUCACCAAGUCUCAGGGCCAGGAGCGCCGGGAGCAGAUCCAGUCGUCCUUCAGGAAGAAGCUGUCCGUCACACCGCAGUGCGACCUGGUGGCCGAGCUGGACAUCUACGCCCGCCGCCUGUCCAGGGACAGCAUCUACGACAUCAGCGAGGACGUGGACGAGGCAGACAUGGAGCAAUGCUUCGCAGAUGAGCGGGAGAACAUCUUUGAAACUACGUCAUGGAGCACGUACCUCCGCUACAUCACCACCAACCAGAGCUUAGUCUACGUCUUAAUUUUCAUCGUCCUCGUCUUCUUCCUCGAGGUUGCUGGUUCAGUCAUUGGGAUUUUCCUCAUCACUGACGAGAUCUGGCGGGACGGCGCCAACCCCGAGUCGCCCAACUUCAUCGACGUGCAGCACCCCAACGCCUCGUCGCCCGCCGCCCACCUGGCGGUCAUCGUCACGCCGACCAGCGCCUACUACAUCAUCUACAUCUACGUGGCCACGUCGGAGAGCGUGCUGGCCCUCGGCUUCUUCCGGGGCCUCCCGCUCGUGCACACGCUGCUCACCGUGUCCAAGCGGCUGCACGAGCAGAUGCUGAGCGCCGUGCUGCGGGCGCCGAUGGCCGUGCUCAACACCAUGAAGACCGGCCGCAUCAUGAACAGAUUCACCAAGGACAUGGCCACCAUCGACGACAUGCUGCCCCUGGUGCUGUUCGACCUCAUUCAGCUCACGCUGAUCGUCACGGGCGCCAUCUUCACCGUGUCCAUCAUACGGCCGUACAUCUUCAUCGCCGUCAUCCCGCUGGCCACCAUCUUCGUCGCCCUCAGAAAGUACUUCCUGCGAACUGGACAGCAACUCAAGCUGCUGGAGGCUGAAGCCCGCAGCCCCAUCUUCUCCCACCUCAUCAUCUCCCUGAAGGGCCUGUGGACCAUCCGGGCGUUCGGCCGCCAGUCGUACUUCGAGACGUUGUUCCACAAGGCGCUGAACACGCACACGGCCGCCUGGUUCCACUACCUGGCCACGCUGCGCUGGUUCCUCUUCCGCUGCGACAUCAUCUUCGUCCUCUUCUUCACCGCCGCCGCCUUCAUCGCCGUGGGAACCAACCAGGACAAACCAGGGGAGGUCGGCAUCAUCGUGGCCCUGGCCAUGCUCAUCCUGGGGACGUUCCAAUGGGCCGUCAUCACCAGCAUCACUGUAGACGGACUGAUGCGUUCCGUGGACCGCGUGUUCAAGUUCAUCGACUUGCCGUCAGAGGAGCAGCCGGCGGUGGCGGGCCGCGGGGCGCCGGACCUCGUCAUCCAGAACCCGCACGCCGCCGGCUGCUGGCCCAACCGCGGCCGCAUGGACGUCCAGGGCCUCAGCGCCAAGUACACCGAGGGGGGCCGCGCCGUGCUCAGGGACAUCUCCUUCACCGUGGAGGGGGGGCAGAGCAUCGGCCUGCUGGGCCGCACCGGCUCGGGGAAGAGCACCCUGCUGUCCGCUCUGCUGCGCCUGGCCUCCACCGAGGGGGAGAUCUCCAUCGACGGGGUCUCCUGGAGCUCCGUGCCGCUGCACACCUGGAGGAGGGCCUUCGGGGUGGUGCCGCAGAGGGUUUUCAUUCUCACCGGAACCUUCCGGAUGAACCUGGAUCCUCACGAGCGCCACAGUGACGAGGAGCUGUGGCGGGUCGCGGAGGAGGUGAGAGAACCCCUGAAGCUGGACGCACCUCCUCCUGCUGCUCCUCCUCUGACCCCCUCUCCUCCAGGUGGGCCUGAAGUCGGUGAUCGAACAGUUCCCCGACAAGCUGGACUUCCGCCUGGAGGACGGCGGCAACGUGCUGAGCAACGGCCACAAGCAGCUGCUGUGCCUGGCGCGCUCCAUCCUCAGCAAGGCCCGCAUCCUGCUGCUGGACGAGCCCUCGGCCUACCUGGACCCCAUCACGCUGCAGGUCCUCAGGAAGACGCUGAAGCACUCGUUCUCGCGCUGCACCGUCAUCCUGUCGGAGCACCGGGUGGAGCCGCUGCUGGAGUGCCAGUCCUUCCUGAUGAUCGAGGGCAGCUCCAUGAAGAGCUACGACUCUCUCCAGAAGCUUCUGAACGAGACGAGCCACCUGAAGCAGGCCAUGAGCCCCUCCGACAGGCUCCGCCUCUUCCCCACGCUGCACCGCCUCAACUCCAGCAAGCGGGCGCCGCCGCCGGCCGCCAAGAUCUCCUCGCUGCCGGAGGAGGCCGAGGAGGAAGUGCACGACACUCGCCUCUAACACACACACACACACACACACAGGUUCGAUACCGAUGAUUUACCCUCCCAGAUAUUUUAGUUUUUAAAGAGAACGAGAACUCAAUUUGUAGAUUUUGCACUGAAAGAAAAUGUAAAAAAAAGAAACUGACAGUUUUGAUGAAUUUAAUAUAAACCAGAAGCUUUAAUCCUGAACUCUGAUCCAUUUAAAGUUCCUUUACUCGGUCAUGCUGUCCUUUGAGGGGGGGGGGCUGCAUUCUCUCUCCUGACCACCAGGGGGCGCCUCCUCAGGUCUAAAUGAACUCAGUCUUCUGUGUUUUCCAACAGGAAUAUUUAAAAACAAUUCAACAGGAAGUAAAUCCCCGUUUCACACGUACAGAUAUCUUCGUCUACCUUCUUUUAUAAAUACCUCCGUCCACGCUGUGACACAAAAAACGACUGCGAAGACUCGCCGGGCCACUAGAGGGCGACACACACACACACACACACCACACACACACACUCGGAGACCUUGACUGUUCGAUCCGAACGCACUUUAGAGACACCCCAAGGUACUGAAACGGUUCCUCUUCCCUUUUACUUUACGAAGCGUAGCAGGAGAACCUUUUGACCCCACAACACCUUUUUUACUUUACUUUAAUUAAAUUUGCUUUACUUUAAUUUACUUUACUUUCUUCAGCCUCUGUUUUUGACGCUGAUUCAUUUAAAAAGAAGAAAAAAAGUGCAUUUUCUAUAUGAAAUAUAUAUUUUUUCAGAGCCGCAAACAUCAACAACUUCCCUCUGGAGCUGGAGACGAGUGACAUCACUUGCUUUCUCUGUAUGUGGAGUGACAUCACUUCCUUUCUCUGUAUGUGGAGUGACAUCACUUCCUUUCUCUCUAUGUGGAGUGACAUCACUUCCUUUCUCUGUAUGUGGAGUGACAUCACUUCCUUUCUCUCUAUGUGGAGUGACAUCACUUCCUUUCCUUCGCCAUCAUGAGUUUUGGAAAGCAGCGAUGCCAAAGCCUUUGUCCGUACCGCGGUGAAAGCCUGGCUGUGUGAACGGAGCUUCAUAGGAAACACAAACAUGUAUAAAUGUAUUUGUUCAAUCAAUUAUAUUUUCAGGAAAACUAUAAAGAUUUUUGAGAACGU